ACACUCGCCAAUCGUGCUUCUCAACAUGUAUAUAUAACGAUGCCUGUUUCUCUCUCCCCUGACAUGUACAGCGAGUAGAGUGUAAAUACGGCUGCAGAUUCAGCGAGUGUUCUGGAGAUAAGGCUAAACCAGUGGAACCCCCGCCUACGCGUCAAGAAGCAAGCCAUCUCUCAGGUCUGCUGUGUUUUUUUUUCGGGGGAAGUGUAAAAAUGAGUGACGGUCCCAUUCUUGUUCGUUUGAGGAGGAACCAGUCGGGAUCACAGUGGGGAUUUCGACUGCAGGGGGGAUAUGACCAAGGCUCCUGUUUAUAUAUUCAGAAGGUGAACCCUAAAAGUAUUGCCUACAAAAGCGGACUACGCGUCGGAGAUGGAAUAUUACGGAUAGGGAACACACCAGCACAAUACCUCAACCACCAAGACGCCAAGAUGGAGAUCAUCAGGGCUGGAAAUGAGCUGGACUUUGUUGUUCAGAGGAACGUAGUAGAUCUGGGACAAGGCGAUCACGUGGACGCUCCUACACUUCCUACAAGGGAAUCCAACCAAUCCACAGUCGAGGAAGAAUCUACCGCUUACCGCGGGUACACUAACCCCAACGUCCAGUCGAGAUCUUUCAAAAUCCUACAACAGUCCCUCAACUAUUCCGAAGCUUCAGGUGGUAGCUCUCCAUCGGAGACCGCCAAGGAACGUGUGUUUUCCCUCAGUGACUUAGUACAAUUCGUAGAAUGUAUGUAUUGCAUUCUCUACUAAGGAAAUGCAGAAAGUCAAAUUACGUAUUGGCACACAAAAUGCUUUUAUAUUCUGGCUGUUUUCUUUAGUUUAUUGCUUUUGCUUUAAGCAGUUUUCUUGUGUUGUUUUUGAAUUAUUGUAGCUGCGGUACUGUAGCUCUCUGGGAAAAUGGCCAUGAGAAUAAACCAAUCUUUUCUCCCCGAGGACUACAGUUCCGCGGCUAUGUUUUUGACUGAAUUAUAUGAAUUUUCCUUUUCUUUUCAGACCAGUGAAAUGUACAGUCGUAUUCUCAUGUCCAUCAUCAACAAAACUGCGCAACAUCAUACACUGGAAAUACUCAGUCUAACUACGAAGUAGCCUAAUUUUUUUUUCGUCCACUGCCAGAAGGACAAACUAAAUGUCGCUGGCCGAGCUCUAGCCGAUAUUGACCUUUUACUAAGAUAACAACCACAGCGAUUAUUGCGUGACCUAUCUAGCAUGCCCCCUUCUGUGAAUCUUUCCUGUUUGUUUUUUGUUGUUUGUACCGUUGAGUGUCUGUCCGUGACAAUCCUUCAGUUGUUGUAGUUUGUGUAUUUUAUUUUUGAAUUUUCAUUUGUUUGUUUGUUGUUACUUUGCAAUGAUUCGUCGAUAUGUAUUAUUAUUGUUAUGGAUAUUGUGAUGUAAUUAAUUUGAUAUCUAUACACGAGAUUUAUAUUUGUACAAUAUUAAUCUAUAUUCCUGGAGAGUUCGUGUAUAUUUGUACAAAUAAAUUAAAAAAAUCAACCUACAAAAUAA